CAGUGAACGAAAGGAUACACUUCGCUCUCAUCACACCAACUACCCCUUCGCUAUCGUAGGAUUUCUUUAACUGAAUAAGAACUCCGGUGGCAGAUACUGGCUGGACCUGGGCCCGAAUGACAGACUGACAGCCCGUGCUGCUACUGCGGACCUACACCCAGACCUGGAGGAGUGAGCCAAUGACGAAACUUCUGACUAAAGUCUACUGACCACUUCACACUAACACCCAGAGGGAUUAGAACAUCUAGCUGAGUGAAGCUGUAUUUGGAGCUAUUGGCCUGGCCAUGUUGAGAGGAAGAACUGUACUUCUCCUGCUGGUCCUCUGGGCAUACCUGUGUUCCCAUGGGGACGGACUGCGAGCCCUGAGGAGGACUACAGGGGGGAGGCGGGGUGGCGCAGGGGUGGGGUUGACGCUGAUGGGACAGGACGCUAAUGGAGUGCCUCUGAGACGCUCCAAACGAGGAUGGAUGUGGAACCAGUUCUUCCUACUGGAGGAGUACACAGGGAUGGAUCACCAGUAUGUUGGCAAGCUCCACUCAGACGGGGACCGGGGUGACGGUAGCAUACGAUACGUCCUGACCGGUGAUGGAGCCGGUAGUCUGUUCAUCAUCGAUGAGAACUCUGGGGAUAUCCAUGCCACUAAGAGAUUGGACCGGGAGGAGAAGGCCUACUACACGCUCCGGGCCAAGGCCGUCAACAGAAUCACUAACACCUCUCUAGAGGGAGAGUCAGAGUUUAUCAUCAAGAUUCAUGACAUUAACGACAAUGAGCCCAAGUUUACCAAGGACCCUUACUUCACAGAGGUACCUGAGAUGUCCCCACUGGGCACGGUGGUGAUGCAGGUGACCGCUACAGACGCUGAUGACCCUACAUAUGGUAACAGUGCCAGGGUGGUCUACAGCAUCCUGCAAGGACAGCCAUACUUCUCUGUAGAGCCCAACACAGGUGUGAUCAAGACAGCCCUGCCUAACAUGGACAGGGAGACCAAGGAGAACUAUGUGGUUGUGAUCCAGGCUAAAGACAUGGCUGGACAGAUGGGUGGGUUAUCAGGGACCACCACAGUCAGCAUUACCCUCUCUGAUGUCAAUGACAACCCACCACGCUUCCCAAAGAGUCUGUAUGAGUUCAAAGCUCCCGAGUCGACAGAACCGGGCUCGACAGUGGCCGUGCUGCGUGCUACGGACGCUGACAUCGGCAGGAACGCUGAAAUGAACUACCGAAUCACCAGCAGCGACGGCCCGUCCAUGUUCGACAUCUCAACCAAUAGGAGCACACAGGAUGGUGUCAUCACCCUCAGGAAGUCUCUGGACUUUGAGAGGAAGCGGUCCUACACUCUAAGGAUCCAGGUGGAGAACUCCAACCCUGACCCUCGGUUCCUGCGCUAUGCGGCGACCACGGACGGGGCGACGGUCAAACUGAUCGUGGAGGAUGUGGACGAGCCGCCCGUGUUCGACCGGGUCGGCUAUGUCAUGGAGGUCAAAGAAGACGUGGCAGUAGGCACAAUCAUCGGAUCAGUCAGCGCCACAGAUCCAGACAGCAGCCGCAGUCCCGUCAGGUACUCUAUUGACCGCCGUACAGACAUGGACAGGGUGCUCAACGUGCACCCAGGUAACGGCUCAGUGUUCAUGCUGAGGACUCUGGACAGAGAGGACAUCGCCUGGCACAAUGUCUCUGUUAUUGCCACUGAGUUCAACAACCCACGGCUGAUGAGUCGUGUACCAGUCUAUGUUAGAGUACUGGACGUUAAUGACAACGCUCCUACGUUCGCCACUUACUACGAGACAUUUGUCUGUGAAAACGCCAAGGCUAACCAGAGGAUUCAAACAGUAAGUGCUGCGGACAUUGACGAGCCUAUUGGUGGACACAGGUUCUUCUUUAGUCUAGCGCACGACGCUUCUGUGAAAGCCAACUUCACCGUCAGAGACAAUAAAGACAACACGGCAGGUAUCCUAACCAGACGAAACAGCUACAGCCGGCUACAGAGGAGUAACUAUCUGGUUCCCGUGGUGAUCUCGGACAGCGACUUCCCCAUGCAGAGCAGCACCAACACCCUGACGGUGCACGUUUGCACCUGCGACCGCGAGGGGAACAUGCAGCUGUGUAACCAGGAAGCUCUGGUCCUCACCGCAGGCCUCAGCACUGGAGCCCUCGUGGCCAUCAUCUUCUGUGUCCUCAUACUGCUCAUGAUUGUGGUGCUGUUCGCUGCCCUGAGGAGGCAGCAGAGGAAGAAGGAGCCUCUGAUCAUCUCCAAAGAGGAUGUGAGAGACAACGUUGUCAGCUACAACGAUGAAGGGGGCGGAGAGGAGGACACCCAGGCCUUUGAUAUUGGCACGCUGCGCAACCCAGAGGCCACAGAGGAGAGCAAACAGCGCAGGGACAUUAAGCCCGAGACCCUGCACCCUCCCAUCCGUCGGACUGUGAUCCUUCCCCCAGCCCACAGGGACAACGCGGACGUCAGGAACUUCAUAAACCAAAGGCUUCAGGAAAAUGACCAGGACCCCACCGCACCGCCCUACGACUCCCUGGCCACCUACGCCUACGAAGGGAGCGGCUCGGUUGCUGAGUCCCUUAGCUCCCUGGGCUCCAUGACCAUAGAGGGAGACCAGGACUAUAACUACCUGAGCGAGUGGGGACCCAGGUUUAAGAAACUGGCUGACUUGUACGGGGGAGAGGACAGUGACAGCUGCAGGGAUUCCUAAUGAGAGAGAAGGAGCUCGUAAGAGGGGAGCUAAAGGAAAACAUACAACAAACAAACAAACAAACACUCGCACACUAGCUGAAGUGAAGUUAACUCCUGGUACUUUGUGAAAGUGGCAAACAAUAGAACAAAACAAAAGAGGACACAAACCGACACGAGGCAGUGUUUUUUUUAUCGUCGUUGAUCACCGUUGAUGUUUGACCUCUCUGGAGGACGAGGAGGAAGAAGAUAAGCUAUCCUGUCAGUAUUUAGUGGUCUUUCUCUUUCUCUGCUAGGCAGCAGGGGACUCCUGAGGAAAAGAGUUGUUGUACUUUACUCUGUACACCAGGCCCACAUACACAGUAUCUCUAUAUACAAACAAACUUCUACUCUUUUCUUUUUCAUAAGCUUCCUGCAAAGGAGGGAGUAACAGCAAGCGGUUUUGUGGUGGACUUGAUAGACAGACAACGCCUAUUCAUUUUUCAGUGUUUCUGGGACAAAAAAAAAGCUGCAUUUUGUGAGUUCUAUCGUAGCUUGUGUGUGCGUAUCUGUAAAUCGAUACAAUACAUUGUACAGUUAUGUUUUGUUUUCAGGCUUCUAGCUUCCCAUCCACCCUCUUAUAGCAAUGACUCUGUACGUCACAAUGCUCUUUUGAGAUCACACAAGCCUUGCUGAGAGGCUGACUGUUGUAUCUCUAUGCGUACACUCAAACUGUCCGCCAGUCACCCACUAUAGCAUAAUUGACUUGAAUGGGGACAACCGCUCUACUCAUUGUAUUUCUAUGGGUUGGACGUCAGAAAACACACCUUUCGGCCUGUCAAUACCUGAUCCACAUCUUCUUAUAGUUUUGCAUAUAUUCUGUCUCACAAAUGGCAUACUAUUUCAUAGUGCAUUACAUUUGUACUAAGGUACAUAAGUCUCUGCUCAACAGUAGUGCACUAUCUAGGGAAUAGGGUGCCAUUUGUGACAAACACAUACAGUCAUGACCGAAAUUAUUAGCACCCUUGAUGAAGAUGAGAAAAAAGACUGAGCUGUAUGCUAAUAUAUGCUAAUUUUUAUUAUUAUACUAAUACAAUUGCUCAGAGAAAGAGAUUUUGUUUAACAAGUAAUACAUUGUUUUUUUCCCAAAAAUAGUGGUCAAAAUUAUUGCUCAGUACUCUGGUACCCGCCACUUGUGAGGAUAACAGCACUUAGCCUUUUGCUAAAAUGUUUUAUGAGAUUGUAGCACACAUUGGGAGGGAUCUUAGACCAUUCCUCGGUACCGAAUCUUUACAUACAGAUUUGUUUUUAAUUAUUGUUAUAAAAAAUAGUUCUAUGAGCAAUUGUAUUCGUUUAAAAUAAUAUAAUUGUCAAAUGAAUUUAUCGUACAAUAUAGCUCAGUAUUUUUUACUCAUUGUAACGGUUUUCUUGAGUUGAUGGAGAGGCGGACCAAUACGCAGCGUGGUUACUAUUCAUGGUUCUUUAAUAAAGCAACUACACAUAAACAAACUAACAAAACAAGAAACGUGAAAAACUAAAACAGCCCUAUCUGGUGCAAACACAGAGACAGGAACAAUCACCCACAAACGCACAGUGAAACCCAGGCUACCUAUGUAUGAUUCUCAAUCAGAGACAACUAAUGACACCUGCCUCUGAUUGAGAACCAUACUAGGCCGAAACAUAGAAAUACCCAAAUCAUAGAAAAACAAACAGACUGCCCACCCCAACUCACGCCCUGACCAUACUAAAUAAUGAUAAAACAAAGGAAAUGAAGGUCAGAACGUGACACUCAUAUUUAUCAAAUGAAGGUAAAAUUAAAAAAAAUCAAGGAUGCCAUUCAUUUUGAUCAUAAACUAUAUUCUGCGUGGGGGUACCUGAAACACCUGGACCAUGUAUCUGAAGAACUAAUGUCAAUAAUGCUUCACUUUUAAGGUACCCUCUUUAAAAAGUGUUACUGUAAUACCUGUCAUAACAUCCUUGUUGACCUGGCUGAAGAAGUAGGUGAGAAACUCUGGCGUUGACCUCGACUGAUUCAGGUCAUAUUUAUGUGGCAGACGUUUCCCGUGAGCAUGGGUGGUUCAGUAAUGUCCCCAGCAGCUGUUCACUAUCGUGUCCCUCAGGGGUCAAAUCUGGGCCACAUCCUUUUUUCACCAGUCCCCUUGGUGACAUCAUCCACAAUAAUAACAAUUCAGUGUCACUGCUAGGCGGAUGACAUAGCUUUAUUUAACAAAUCAGACCCAGUGACCAAGCUAGCAUAGCUACCCUUCACAAGUGUCUUGCUGACAUAAAAUGUCGGAUGACUGAACAUUUUCUCCAGCUCAAUGAUACAAAAAUCAGAGGAUGUUUUAUUUGGCCCCCCAUCCAGAUUGUAAAUAACCUUGGUCAUUAGUCCACCAAUGUAAAGCCUACGGCCAGUAACCUUGUCCUCUUUGACCUUGACCUCGAGCAUGUAAAAACGGUAGUCCAGUCCUGCUUGUAUCACCUAAGAAAUAUAGCUAAAGUCAAAGUCUUAUUUCAGUCACUGAUCUGGAGAAAGUUAUACGCGCUUUUUAUUCCUCAUGCCUAGAUUACUGUUACUCUUUUGUGUGCAUGUCUCAGUCAGAAAUCACUCUAUUUGUCUACAGUUAGUUCAAAGUGCUGCAGCUCUUCUUUAAAACAAGCACCAGGACAUGUUACCACAUCACACCUAUUUUAGCUUCUCUACAAAGGCUACCAGUCACUUUUGGAGUAUAUUUCUAAAUUGUAUUAAAUCACAUGUAAGGUUAGACUUGGUUUAGCCCCCAUUCCAUAUCGCAGAUCUUUCAUCUCCCUACGAGCCAAGAUGCAGCCUGAGAUCCUCUGGCAGGGGCACCGCUGACCAUUCCAAAGUCUCGGUUGAAAACGAAAGAAGAGCAGGUAUUUGCCAUUAGGGCCCCUGGACUUUGGAAUGGUCCGCCAGAGGAUACCAGGCCUGCCGAUUCAGUGCCUCUUUUAAAAUCCCUGCUGAAGACACACUUUUAUAAAGAUACAUUGAAAUCAUACAUUAAAAGGUCAUUUCAUUUUGCUAUCAUUUGUCAUUUUCCUUCCUGUCUCUGUCAAUACAUUUUAUUUGAUUGUUUUAUGAAGUGAGGCACUUUUAACUUGUGUUAAAACACACUAUACAAAUAAAGUAGUUACUAUUAUUAUGUAUUCCUAUUGGAAGACUGUCUAUAGACAUGAAAGCAUAGAGGGUUACAGUAGCAGUGUGUUGCUUAGUAUAAACGAAACAUGCAGUUCCCAUUAAACAUGAAUUCCUUACUUAGUGUCUUACUCUGUAUGCUCUUCUGUAUUUUAAAACAGUUUCCUUUUCUUUCAAAUUUAAGUCAUUGAUUGAUGGUUGACGAUAUAUUUGUGAAGUGCACACUGACAAAAAGGGCAUUCGCAGGCUUGACAUAUUGGGACGAUGUGGGGGAAAACGCUGCCUAUUAUUAAGGGAAAUAUGAUAUUUCAGUUGUGAGGAAGAGGGUUGACAUUGCCUUGGGAUUGUCCUUGACAUAAGAGGUAAAGGUCAAUACAAUAUUAGGAGCAUGAAAUGGUCUGACACUUACGUAUGAAAUGGUCAUGAAAUGGUCUGACACUUACGUAUGAAAUGGUCAUGAAAUGGUUUGCCGCCAUAAAAUGGUUUGACAUAUAUGUAGUAAGAAAAUAUAGCAAUUCAAAUGAAGCAAAGCACCCACAAAUUGUCCAAGGCCACAAAAGACAAAUUAAACAGCAGUAGCAUUGCAAUUUUGCCCCCAAGCAUUAUUUCUCUAUGAUUUAUGAACAAACAGCUUUGAUAUCGUUUAGCUGAUAAGAGGAAUGUAUGAGGGAGCACUCAGAGGGCAGCGGGACAUCAAGAGAAAAAAAGUACAGCGAUGCAUCCUAAAAGGCCCUUUAUUCCCGAUAGUCCACUAAUUUUGCCCAGGGCCCUGUUCAAAAGUAGUGUGCAAUAUAGGGAGUAGACUGCCAUUUGGGAUUUAGCCUAGCUAAAAACAAGCAGUGGCCACUCUCUACUAAAGGCCAACCUGAGGACAGAUUACAUUUAUCAGACAUUUCAAACGAAUAACACAACUGACGUAAUUGCCACGAUGACGAUUAUAUUUUUCUCUCUGUCUGCAGCAUUUACGAUUCACACAAAUCGGACUUGAUUCUUUAUUUUUCAAAAAUAUUUUCCAAGUGCCCAUGGAUGUAAAAAAUCGUAUAGUUUGAUGAAAAUGGUGUGGUAGCUUAGACAGUACUCUAAGACAAGAACACACUUGUUAAAAAUGUAUACUGCUAUAAUAUGCUCAAUAAUAUAAGAAGAAAACUGUGUAAAAAAAAAUGUUUUUAAAAGACCAUUGAGCACCCACUGUGGCAAAUGUGGCUUUGAUAAGCAGCAUUUCUUUAGGUUCCUAAAUCCUUCACACUGAAAAACAACUGUUAUUCUUCUUCUGCCCUGAGGGUUUGACAUCUAGUUUAUGUCAGAAGGAGAAAUGACAGCAGAAGACUGCAUUAUUGUUUUCCUUCUUUAAAGGGGCAAUCUGGGAUUGGUACCAUCCAUUGUCUCUCUUUAAUACAGGGUGUCAGCAGCAUAAUUUCACUAUAAAUACAUGUUUGUGCAUUAACACCAUGCUCAGCUAAGGACACAAGAGUCAGCUGCCAGAUAUGGCUCGCCUACAGUAAAUUCUGGUCCAGGGUGUUAGUGCGGCCUGCUAACACCGAUGCUUCCAUUCACACCCUGGACCAGAGCUAGCCUACAGUAUACAGUACUGAUGUCCUCCUCAACUGUAGACAGUUGGCUAGCCUUUAAGGUUGCCUCUAUAUUAUGUUGCUGACUAUGUUAUUGAGCAGUCUAUUGCUAUGUCCCAAUUCUCCACCCUUCUCCUAAAUGGUGCACUUACACACUACCCGUCAUGGAUUUACAAGAAUAGGAAUGUUAAAUCCAUGCGAGAAGGUAGCAUCCUGUCCAGAGGCUGUAAUUGUACACCAACCUGCCUCACGCAACAGAAAAAGAAGGGCUAGGCUCCUGCCCCAUGUGCCGUUUUGGCUCGGAUAAGGCUUACUUACUACUGCGAGAAAGUACGCAAGUGCACACUUCAGGGGACGGAUGGAGAAUUGGGAUGCAGACAUUUUUUUCUAUGUGGAUUAAUACUAUGAGUGGUUAUAGUAUGUGAAGUUGUUAAAAGAGGCCCGGUCAUGACACGAUGCCCAUCUGCUUUGUACAAGAUGAUUUUCUACUGCAUAUUUACAUGAUCCAGCAAUUAAAUUUCUUCAAAAUCA